CCUCGACGUUGUAUUCGGCUUUUUUUGCUUACAAUUAUUCUUCCAAUGCUGGCAUGCUUCGCGAGACGAUGUAACCUGUUUUUCCUUCUCUGUCUUCUCUUUGUCCUUCUUCCUGCUUCCUUCGUCAACCACCAUGAACGCGGAUCUCGGUCUCUCCGUCCAUGGCUUUUGACAUCUACCUUUGCACGAUACGAACGCCUCACAAUGAUCUCCUUCUCAUCAGCUCACCUCCUUCUAGAUGCGCAGAAUCAAGCCCUAGUAAUCUAUUAGCAUUUGCCCAUAUGAGGGAAGCAUCAUGAUGGUCUCGCUCUCUCUCCCCCCUUUCACGGUGCAUCCCCCUUCGUAUCUCCAAUCGAAAUCUCUCUCUCUCGGCAUCAAGUUCCUCCUGUUGUGCGAUCAUCACAUGCUGGCUUACUAGAAAUAAUACGCGUAUGUACCCUAAGGAUGGCGCCAACAAAUUUCGUCCUCCCUGUACUACGGCAAGGAACAAAAGGCCGGCCCGCUUGGCAAGGAUUUCAGGAUAUGGUCGCCGACGGACGGACUCCUUUCAACAUCUAGAAGGAUCUCGAGAUUACAAGGAAAGAAUCCCUGAUUCGAGAUCGCGGAAGAA